AAAAAAAAAGUCAGCAUGAGGAGGCAGAAAAGGCUCCAGAUUGGAGAGGAACGCCCAUCCCUGAACCCGAAACAACCACCAGGCGGAAGUGAAAGGAAACGACCUCGGUCAGGAGCUCCAGGCGGCGGCGGAGACAUGAGCGCUUCAAGCUUUAACUCCGUUCUGCUGGGCAUUUCAAAUAUGCUCAAAGAGGAAAACCUAGAACAACUCAAGUUUCUAGUUCGAGACCACAUUGGGAAACAAAAGUUGGAAAGGAUCAAAACAGGACACCAAUUGUUUGAGAUUCUGACGGAAAGAGGCCAACUAGGAAAAGACAAAGCAAACUAUCUAUGUCAGCUUCUGCGGCAGGUCCAGCGAGAUGAUCUAUCCGAGAAGCUAAGCAACUGGGAGGUCCAGCAAGAAGACCCCAAAUACGGCUUGAGCGACACCGAGAGAGACAAACUGGACAUCGCCACGGAGGUGAUCAGAGACAAUCUGGGGAGGAACUGGCGCAAACUAGGCCGCAAACUACGACUGGGGGAGACCAAGCUGGACUCCAUCGCCACACGGCAGCCCACCGAUCUGGAGGAGACCGCCAUGGAGCUGCUGAAGGAGUGGAGGAAGAUUAGAGGACCUGAGGUCCAAACAAAGGAGCUGAUAGCAGCUCUGAGGGACUGUCAACUCAACCUAACUGCUGAUAAAAUCCAGGAAAAACUUGAACAGAAGGGAUUAUCCAGCUCAGAUUAGACCAGUAUUACCUUAGAAGCAUGAAGGAAACCUGGGACUUUAUGAAACAGAUUAUAUUUGUAGAAAUGAACAAAAUGAUUUUUGUAAACAUCUGCUUCCUUACAGUUGUUAAAUAUUUACAAUAUACCAGUGUUGCACCUUCAUUUACUGGAACACCAGUGGGCGCUGUGAGGUAGCUGGUUUAUGUAAAAACAUUACCAUUUUUACUUAAACAUAAAUUAAUUUCUUGAUUUCCAAUAAAGAUAGGAAACAAAAAUGCAAAUAUUUAUUUUGUUGUAAAUUUGCAUCCCCAUUCAAUAACAUAAUUCAUCAGUUUAGAUUAGUCCAGAGAAAUGAGCCUUGAUCAACAACAAACUGGAUGUAAAUAUGGAUGAUUUUUCCUUUCCCAAUGGCCAAAAAGCAUUGAAAUGCUAUUGUUUCACUAAUUUAAUAAAGGUUUCAGAAAU